UCCCUUAAUUUCUUUCUUCAAAUCCAUAUAUCUAUAUAUAUAUGAACAAUAGCCAUCUACGUGCUUAUUAGAACUUCCACAGCUUACAGAGAGAGAUCAAGGAUCAAUGGCUCGUUGGAUAAAACCAGAGGUUUACCCUCUCAUGGCAGCAAUGGGAUUUGUGACCACUAUGUGCGUCUUCCAGCUCACUCGAAACAUCCUCAUGAAUCCUGAUGUCAGGAUCAACAAGACGAACCGGUCCACGGCGGUGCUGGAGAAUGCAGAAGAAGGGGAGAAGUACGCACGGCAUGGAUUGCGUAAGUUCCUCAGCCAGCGCCGCCCAGAAGUCAUGCCCGCUCUCAAUAGCUACUUCUCCGGCAGCAGCGAUGACAAGUGAGGGAGAAAUUAAGAGAGCAACAAUAUGUUAUUAGUAGUGAUCCCGUGUGUACUGUAUAUCAAUCAAUUCGUGCAUAUAAUUACUAUUUUGUUAA